GAAACAGGCCCAACAUCACCAAGGUGAUGCUGACAUGUAGCCCCUGCAUGCAGUGGCCUGUGUCAUAGCGCGACGUGACAUAGCGAGGUAUGAUAUGUGUGGCUUUGUGUGGUAUGACAUGAUAUAUGAAUAUAACGCUGCAUGUCGUAUAACUUAGCAGCAUAAUGCAUAGCACAGAGAAAAAGAGAGUGAUAAUACCGCUUUCAAAAUCCCUCUCCUGCAGAUGCUAUAGAAACUGUUACCAUCUCUAAUAGGAGCCAGGAGUGACCAGUACAACUGUCAUUCUAUGAGGAACAGCAUUGUACACCCUAAACCCUGCCUACUUCCUCAUUUGGGGGCAGAGGACAGAGUUCUCUCUUCCCCCAGUCUCCCAGGACACAUUUAUCCCUACCAGAACCUGCCUUCUGAGGGCCUCUGGAUCACUCAAAAGGUCUCAGCAUCUCAGGGUAGCCUCAGCAUCAAGGAUACUUCCAGGACCUGGCAGUUGACUCCUGGACCCAAUCACUAUGGAGCAACCUCUUUUAGGAAGUGAGACACCAGACUAUGAGACCUUCCCGGAGAGGCCAGACCCGCAGCAAGAACAGAAUUAUAUCAGAACCCUGAAGAAUAAGCGCUUGUUCCUGGCCACCUUCGCAGCAGUACUGGGAAACUUCAGCUUUGGCUAUGCCCUAGUCUACACGUCCCCAGUCAUUCCAGCUCUUGAGAGAUCCCCCAAUCCAGCUUUACGAAUGAACAAGACGGAGUCAUCCUGGUUUGGCUCUGUGUUCACCUUGGGAGCAGCUGCUGGAGGCCUCAGUGCCAUGGUGCUCAACGAUCUCCUGGGCAGGAAGCUCAGCAUCAUGUUCUCCGCUGUGCCCUCAAUUAUUGGCUACGCCCUCAUGGCUGGAGCUCAGGGCUUGUGGAUGCUCUUGCUGGGAAGGAUUCUGACCGGCUUCGCAGGAGGGCUCACUGCUGCCUGUAUCCCAGUUUAUGUGUCUGAGAUCUCUCACCCUGGAGUUCGAGGGGCGCUGGGGGCCACACCCCAGAUCAUGGCUGUCUUUGGGUCCCUCUUGCUUUAUGCUCUGGGCUUGAAGAUACCCUGGCGCUGGCUGGCGGUGGCUGGAGAGGUGCCAGUAUUUGUCAUGAUGGUUCUUCUGUGCUUUAUGCCCAGCUCCCCUCGCUUCCUCCUCUCCCAGGGCAAGGAGGAAGAAGCCCUGAAAGCCCUGGCCUGGCUCCGAGGGAGGGACACAGACUUCCAGAGGGAAUUCCAGCAGAUCCAGAACAGUGUCCGGCAGCAGAGCAGCCGACUGUCAUGGGCCGAGUUGCGGGACCCUUUCAUCUACAAGCCCAUCGCCAUCGCUGUGCUGAUGAGAUUCCUGCAGCAGCUAACAGGCGUCACGCCCAUUCUGGUCUACCUGCAAUCCAUCUUCCACAGCACUGCUGUCCUGCUGCCCCCAGAAGAAGAUGCAGCCAUCGUGGGGGCCAUGAGGCUCGUGUCUGUGCUAAUCGCGGCCAUCACCAUGGACAGAGCAGGGCGCAAGAUUCUUCUCUUUGUCUCAGCGUCCAUCAUGUUUGUGGCAAACCUGGCUCUGGGGCUCUACAUCCACCUGAAUCCGCAGCGUCCAGCCCCCAACACUACGGAGGCCCUGAGCAGUGCAGCCCUUGAGGGCUCAGAGUCAGGGAGCUACCUCAUGCUGGUGCCUCUCUUUGCCACCAUGCUCUUCAUCAUGGGCUAUGCCAUGGGCUGGGGCCCCAUCACCUGGCUCCUCAUGUCCGAGAUCCUCCCACUGAAGGCCAGAGGUGUAGCCUCGGGGCUCUGUGUGCUGGUCAGCUGGCUCACAGCCUUUGUGCUCACCAAGUCCUUCUUGCUGGUGGAGAACGCUUUUGGCCUUCAAGUCCCAUUUUACUUCUUUGCGGCUGUCUGCCUAAUCAAUCUGGUAUUCACAGGCUGUUGUGUGCCAGAAACCAGGCGCCGGUCCUUGGAACAAAUUGAAUCAUUCUUCAGGACAGGAAGAAGAUCCUUCCUGAGAUAGGAAGGUGCUUUGGCCUCCCUGGCCAAGAAGAGAAAUCAGACUUUGGAGGACUGGGGGGUCCUUAGAGGCAGGGAUCAGGAAGUGACAGCAGCACCAGGUGGAAUUGGGAAGAACUGAAACUACAUUCUGACCAAGAAAUGGUUCCCAGCUCUAAAUCUCCAGAUUCCUGGUCUUAGCAUUUAGCUGAGCAGCUCUGAAUAUAGUCCCCCGCCUCUGCCUCGAACCUCUACAACCCACACUGCCCCCAGACUUCUAGAUUCCAUGAACCAAGGAAAAGACCAGAGAUGAGUUAAUUCUGAUUAAUCAAUCGAGAUCAAAGAAUCAAGAUGCAAGAGAGCACUGAA